AUGGUCCCAGUAUUUAUGGGUCUCAUAGGAGAUUUGUUUCCCGCUUUGGAUGUACCUCGAAAACGUAAUUUGGAUUUUGAAAAGAUGAUCAAGAAAACUGCCGUCGAUCUUAAACUACAACCAGAAGAUGGUUUCAUAUUGAAAGUGGUACAACUGGAAGAACUAUUUGCUGUGAGACAUUCAGUUUUCAUAAUAGGAUAUGCAGGAACUGGAAAAAGCAUGGUGUGGAAAACGCUGAACAAAACUUACGCCAAUCAAAAACUCAAACCGUUUUAUAAUGAUUUGAAUCCCAAAGCUGUCACCAACGACGAACUGUUCGGAGUAAUUAACCCCGCCACCAGAGAAUGGAAAGAUGGUUUAUUUUCCGUGAUCAUGAGAGAACAGACUAAUUUGACUGGAGACGGUCCUAAGUGGAUUGUUUUAGACGGAGAUAUUGACCCAAUGUGGAUAGAAUCCUUGAAUACACUUAUGGAUGAUAACAAAGUUUUGACACUCGCUAGUAAUGAAAGAAUCGCUUUGACACGUUCAAUGAGGCUUCUGUUUGAGAUUGCGAACUUGAGAACAGCCACUCCUGCAACGGUAUCUAGGGCCGGGAUUUUGUAUAUCAAUCCUGCAGAUUUGGGCUGGAAUCCUUUCAUAGCAUCCUGGAUAGAUACGAGAACAAUACAAAGCGAGAAAGCUAAUCUUAUGAUAUUGUUUGAUAAAUAUAUUCCUCCGUGUUUGGAUGCUGUACGGCACAAGUUCAAGAAGAUCACGCCCAUUUCCGAUAUUGCACAUUUACAGAUGUUAUGCUUACUUCUGGACUGCUUCUUGACUCCCCAAAAUGUUCCUUCAGAUUGCCCCAAAGAGUGGUAUGAAAUAUAUUUCGUGUUUUCUGUGGUAUGGGCAUUUGGAUCCUCUUUAUUCCAAGAUCAAAUAAUAGAUUGGAGAAACGAAUUUAGCAAGUGGUUCGUUAACGAAUUCAAAACUGUGAAAUUUCCUUUCGGUGGCAACGUUUUCAGCUACUAUAUUGAAGAAGAGACAAAGAGAUUUCUUCCAUGGACUGACUUGGUUCCUGAAUUUGAGUUGGAUAGCGACAUUCCGUUACAAGCAACUUUGGUCAGUACCGCUGAAACUACAAGAAUUCGAUUCUUUAUUGAUAACUUAAUGUCGAAAAAAGCCCCAGUUAUGUUAGUUGGGCCUGCGGGUAGUGGAAAAACUGUGAUAGUAGCUGAAAAACUGCAUUCUUUGUCUGAAAACUUUGCUGUUACUAACGUACCAUUCAAUUUUUAUACAACAUCUGAGAUGUUACAACAGAUUUUGGAAAAGCCUCUAGAAAAAAAGGCUGGUAGGGUAUAUGGUCCACCAGGUAACAAAACCAUGAUAUACUUUAUCGACGAUAUGAAUAUGCCAGAGGUGGACAAAUAUUUUACUGUCCAGCCCCAUACCCUCAUCAGACAAUUCAUGGAUUAUCAGCACUGGUAUGAUAGGCAGAAACUUACUCUGAAAGACAUCCACAAUGUUCAGUUCAUAUCAUCCAUGAAUCCCACAGCGGGUUCUUUUACUAUAAAUCCAAGACUUCAGCGACAUUUCUGCGUAUUUGCUGUCAGUUUUCCAUCGCAAGAUGCCUCCUAUCAUAUUUACAAUUCCAUCUAUCUGCAACAUAUGCAAGACCACACGAAAAAAUUCAAUAUUGCCUUAACAAAAUUAUGUCCGACAGUUGUUCAAGCAGCACUCACACUGCAUCAGAAAGUAGGAACCACGUUUUUGCCGACAGCUGUCAAAUUCCACUAUACAUUUACUUUGAGAGAUAUGUCAAAUAUAUUUCAAGGCAUGCUUUUUGCAACUGGGAAUGCCAUCCACACCCAGACUGAUUUUAUCAGGUUAUGGAUGCACGAAGCUAGUAGAGUUUACAAAGACAAACUUGUGGAACGUAGAGAUAUAGACACAUAUAACAAGUUGGUUAUCGAUGUCGUAAAGAAAAGUUUUGAGGAGUUGGACGAGAAUGCAGUUUUUGAAAAACCGUUAAUAUAUUGUCAUUUUGCUGAAGGAAUAGGAGACCCAAAAUAUUUUCCAAUACUAGAUUUUUCCCACUUGAGCAAACUACUGAAUGAGGCAUUGAGUGGUUACAACGACUUGAUAGCUGCUAUGAAUUUGGUACUAUUUGAAGAUGCAAUGUACCACAUAUGUCGCAUUAAUCGGAUAAUGGAAUCUCCUAGAGGCAAUGCCCUACUUGUAGGUGUGGGAGGAUCUGGAAAACAAUCACUAACCAGAUUGGCUGCAUUCAUCUCUUCAUUUGAAGUUUUUCAGAUACAGCUGAAAAAGGGAUAUUCUAUGAAUGACAUGAAAACGGAUAUAGCCGCCUUAUAUCUUAAAGCUGGACUCAAAAGCGUUGGUAUCGUAUUUCUGAUGACCGAUGCUCAAGUACCAGAGGAAAAGUUUCUGGUUCUCAUAAACGACAUGCUUGCUUCUGGAGAAAUAAGUGAUCUUUUGCCAGACGAAGAUGUAGAAAACGUGAUAAGUGCAAUGCGAGGUGAAGUUAAGGGUGUAGGAUUACAAGAUACCAGAGAAAACUGUUGGCAUUUUUUCAUUGAUCGGGUAAGAAGGUUACUGAAAGUCGUUCUUUGUUUCUCUCCUGUUGGAUCGACAUUAAGAGUUCGUGCAAGAAAGUUUCCAGCUUUGGUAAAUUGUACCUCAAUAGAUUGGUUCCACGAAUGGCCAAAAGAGGCGUUAGAGUCCGUAUCUAAAAGAUUUCUGGCUGAAAUAGACGUGCUUCCCCAGGAACUCAUGCAAUCGGUAUCUUUGUUCAUGUCAUAUGUUCACACUGUAGUGAAUGAAAUGUCACAAGUUUACUUAACGAAUGAAAAACGAUACAACUACACGACUCCCAAGUCCUUUUUGGAACAAAUCGACCUAUAUUCAAAGUUACUGGGGGAAAAAACUGCCCAUAUCAAGGACAAUAUCGAACGACUUGCAAAUGGAAUAACCAAGCUUGCAUCUACCUCUGAGGACGUCGACGGAUUGAAGGAGGUUUUAGCUGAACAAGAGAUAGUCUUAGGAGAAAAAAAUAAAGCCGCAAGUGAACUUAUUGCAGUUUUAUCAGCAGAAAAUGAGAAAGUUGGCAAAGAACAAGAAAUAGCUAGCGAGGAGGAGGCGAAAGUGAAAGUUAUUGAAGAAGAUGUAACUUUGAAAGCAAAGGUCUGUCAGGACGAUUUAAUGAAAGCAGAACCUGCAUUGAUAGCAGCACAGGCUGCCUUGAAUACUUUAAACAAAAAUAAUUUAACAGAGUUGAAAUCUUUCGCCACACCUCCAGAUGCAGUAGUAUCAGUUUGUGCUGCAGUGUUAGUUCUGUUUUCCAAAAAGGGAAAAAUUCCUAAAGAUAGGGGUUGGAAGGAGUCUAAACAAAUGAUGUCAAGGGUUGAUCAGUUUCUCAAUGACCUUAUCAACUAUGACAAAGAUAAUAUCUUACCUGAAGUAGUGAAAGCAACUCAAGAAUAUACAAAAUUACCAGAUUUCACUCCAGAAAAAGUGAUCAGCAAAUCAUUCGCAGCUGCUGGACUAUGCGCUUGGGUGAUAAAUAUUUUGAAAUAUAACGAAGUUUUUGUUGUAGUAGAGCCCAAAAGAAAAGCCUUAGCAGCAGCUAACAGAGACUUAGCAGAAGCUCGCGGUAGACUUGCAGAGCUGAAUGAGAAGUUGAAAGCACUGGAGAAGCAAUUAUCUAUUCUGAAGAGCGAGUAUGACGAAGCUAUAAAUGAAAAACUGAGGUGCCAAGCACAGGCAGAUGAAACUGCUCAAAAAAUAGAUAUAGCGAAUCGACUGGUUAACGGUUUGGCUUCAGAAAACGUGAGAUGGAGAGAGUUAGUGAAAGAAUAUAAAGCGUCAAUUGUUACUUUACCUGGUGAUAUAUUGUUGGUGACAGCAUUUAUUUCUUAUGUAGGGUGCUUCACGAGAAGGUAUCGUAUAGAUUUGUUACAUAAAUAUUGGAAACCAUUUCUCACCACAUUAGCAGUACCCAUUCCUAUGACGGAAGGCUUGGAUCCCCUAUCUUUACUCACUGAUGAUGCAAAGAUUGCUGAAUGGAAUAAUGAAGGACUGCCCAAUGAUCGCAUGUCUACAGAAAAUGCUUGCAUUUUGAGUAAUUCUUCUCGAUGGCCUCUAAUGAUUGAUCCGCAACUUCAAGGAAUCAAAUGGAUCAAAACUCGUUAUGGUGAUUCCUUGAACGUUGUACGAUUAACGCAGCGAACCUAUCUGGAUACUAUUGAAAGGUGUAUUUCAGAAGGGCUGGUGGUAUUAUUGGAAAAUAUUGGUGAGGUUUUGGACGCAGUUUUAGAUCCAGUACUUGGAAGGGUGCUCAUAAAAAAGGGAAGAGCUAUAAAAAUAGGGGAUAAAGAUGUUGAUUAUAAUCCUGCAUUCAGAUUGAUUCUUCACACGAAAUUGGCGAAUCCUCACUACAAACCAGAGAUACAGGCACAAACUACUUUGAUAAACUUCACUGUUACUCGUGACGGUUUGGAAGAACAACUUCUGGCAGAUGUUGUCAAAGCUGAAAGACCUGAUUUGGAAACUCUGAAAUCUUCUUUAACGAAACAACAGAACGAUUUCAAAAUCACCCUCAAGACAUGUGAGGCUAACCUGCUAUAUAAAUUAUCGUCAGCAACAGGAAACAUACUGGAAGAUGUUGAGUUGGUAUUGAAUUUGGAAACAACUAAGAAGACUGCAAAUGAAAUAGCUGUCAAAGUAGAGGAAGCUAAGGUUACUUCGGUGAAAAUCGAUGAGGCAAGAGAACAAUACCGUCCAUGCGCCGCAAGAGCAUCCCUUUUAUAUUUCAUUCUGAAUGAUUUGAAUAGAAUAAAUGCCAUAUACCAAUUCUCUCUGAAGGCUUUCAGUGUAGUAUUCAAAGAUGCUUUAUCUAAAGCAUUGCCAGCAGAGAAACUCAAAGAACGAGUGAUGAACUUAUUGGAUAGCAUAUCUUUUUCUGUUUUUAUGUACACUUCCCGAGGUUUGUUCGAGAGAGACAAAUUGAUAUUUACAGCCCAGAUGACUUUCCAAGUUCUUGGCCAACUGAAUGAAAUCAACCCAGAAGAACUGGAUUUCCUCUUGAGAUUUCCUUCUAUUGCUAAUUUAACGUCUCCAGUUGAUUUUUUGAACAACGUGUGUUGGGGUGGAAUCAAAGCUUUGUCACAAAUGGAUGAAUUCAAAAGCUUGGACAAAGAUUUGGAAGGGUCUGCUAAGAGAUGGAGAAAAUUUGUGGACAGUGAGUGCCCAGAGAAAGAAAAGUUUCCUGGAGAGUGGAAAAACAAAACCACUCUACAAAGACUUUGUAUCAUGCGUUGUUUACGGCCGGAUAGAAUGACGUAUGCAGUCAGCGGUUUCAUUGACGAGAAGCUUGGUAAUAAAUACAUAACUGCAAGAAGUGUAGAAUUCGAAAAAUCCUAUGAAGAGACGAGUUCUACCACACCAACAUUUUUCAUAUUAUCUCCAGGAGUGAAUCCUCUGAAAGAUGUAGAGAAAUUGGGAAGGAAAUUGGGAUUUAUGUUCGAUAAAGGUAAUUUCCAUAGUAUAUCUCUUGGACAGGGCCAAGAAAUUGUAGCGGAAAAUGCAAUGGAUCAAGCUGCCGCUGAAGGCCAGUGGGUGAUCUUGCAGAAUAUCCAUCUGGUGCAAAAAUGGUUGGCAACUUUAGAAAAGAAGAUGGAACAGUGCGCUGAUACUGGCAAUGCUAAUUACAGGUUAUAUUUGAGCGCAGAACCAUCUGCAGAUCCACAAGAAUGUGUGAUACCGCAGGGAAUUUUGGAAUCAUCUAUAAAAAUCACAAAUGAACCUCCUACGGGCAUGUUUGCUAACUUGCAUAAAGCUCUGGAUAAUUUCAAUCAAGAAACACUAGAGAUGAGCGGCAAAGAAGCGGAGUUCAAAGCUAUCCUUUUUGCCUUGUGCUAUUUUCAUGCAGUUGUAGCUGAAAGAAGAAAAUUUGGACCGCAGGGGUGGAACAGAAACUACCCUUUCAAUGUUGGAGACUUAACAAUCAGUGUUAGUGUACUCUACAACUACUUGGAAAAUAAUCAGAAGGUACCUUGGGAAGAUCUGAGAUAUCUCUUUGGUGAAAUCAUGUAUGGAGGGCACAUUACCGAUGACUGGGACAGAAGAUUGUGCCGCAGCUACUUGAUGAGUUAUAUGCAGCCGGAACUCGUUGAAGGAGACUUGCAAUACGCCCAAGGAUUCCAAGCCCCGCCGAAUACUGAUUACCAGGGAUACCAUCGAUACAUAGAUGAGAGGUUACCGCCCGAGAGUCCGUAUCUAUACGGGUUGCACCCCAACGCCGAGAUAGGGUUUUUGGCCAAUACGUCGGAAGUCAUGUUUAGAACUAUAUUUGAGAUGCAACCAAGAGAUUCUGGUUCUGCUGCUGGUAGCGGAAUGUCUAGGGAAGAAAAG